CGUGCCAUUUCCGUGCUGUCACGUGCCGGCCUUGCUCCACCAAUCGGCGCGACGCUCGGCUAUUAUGAAAGCAGGAACUCGGAUUUUCGACAUAUCGAAUAGGCCAAUGGGAACGAUGGAGGACACUCCUGGAUUCAGCAUGGACACCCGGGAUCCCAACAACCUCAACCUUCACCUUCAGGUGCUGUGGGACGACAUCAUUGCCGAGCCGGAGGGCAUUCAGAGCGGCGACUGCACGUGGCGCACCUCCUACAAGUGUUUCUACGGCACCAAGCACUGCUGCUACCGGGUGCUGUCGUUCAUCCUUGGCCCGCUCUUAGCCUGCUGCCUCGGCUGCCAGUUCGCCUGCCUAGCCUUCCAGCACAUCUGGUGCAACACUCCGUGCUUGCGACAGUGCAAGAUCAACUGCAACUUCGUGCGCGCAGUCAACCGCGUGUGCAUGCAGGCCACACUGGCGCCCUGUUUCGACGUCUGCGGCAUGAUGUUCCAGCGAAUUCGAGUGCGCCAUGGCCCUCUGCCCUCCGAAGAUCCGAAAGAGGAGGACCUCUUUGUCGUGUGAACGCCGCGAAGGCGCAUAACACGUCGUGCAGCAUCGGAUGCCCGCCACUCUAUCCAGGGUGGGGUAAAGAGAGAGAGGGAGGGCGCCCGGAGAGAGAGAAAGAAAGAGAGAGAGAGAGAGAGAGAGAGAGAGAGAGAGAGAGAGAGAGAGAGAGAGAGAGAGAGAGCGAGAGGGGGGAGGGAGGGAAGAGAGCGCCCAGUAGUAAGUCAUGUGACCCUGUAUGCGGAACUUCUUUCCGCACAUCGACGGGUCGCUGCACAGUGCACACAUAGGUAUCUGCACCUUAUCAUAGCUAGCACUUUUAAAAAUGGUAUGUCAACUGCCAGAACGACGUAUCAAUGCGGAUAGAUAGGUGGUGCUAGCGCAUUUACGCCAUCGCUUGUUUAAUCACACGGUUAUGGGAAUGCGAUUGAAUAUUGACUAUCAUGUUUUUAUUCGUCGGAAGAGUGCUUAAUCUGUGCUUAAUGAUAUGCGUAUUGCGUAGGUGCGUACAGCCAGUAUGUGUGAAGCGUGAGCGAGGAGUGGAAAGUGAAGGACAGCUUUACAAGCAUGACGAUUUUUGCGUUACUUGGGCUUAAAUGAUGUGACGGCAAUACGAAAAUGCAAGCUCUGUGUGUCCGCAUGACGUUUACUGAUGAUUAUUAGCCCACAUUGUCAUAGUAUAUCAUAAAUAAGUAGCCUUUCCGGUAUCACUUAAUGUUUUAGCUCCUUGCGCUGUGGAUGAGCUUAACGUUUUAUCGUAUUCGCGGCCAUAUGAUAAGGAGGACCAUGAAAUGUUAAGGGGCCAGAUCCAUUAUGAUCAGCAGCAAGCGAGUACAAUGCAUGGCAAGGUUAAGGCAUUUAUGGUGAAGUAGCUGCUUCUAAUGUGUUUUUUUGCACACGAUUGCUCUUUGUUGUUUUAUUUGAUACUACCGCGAACAAAUACUAUCUUUGCAGUCUAUUUUGGCAUUCAUAAUGUGUGUUUCAUGCAACCUUACAGGCUGCUAUUGUUCAUUGCCAUACACAUAUGAACGCAAAUGGUAGAUCAUUGCAGCUUGCACAUACUGUAGAAAGCCAUCAGAAUCAGGUAGAGAAUGUUUAAUAGCUUGCAUCGUUUUGAAAGGCAAGAUACAUCUGAUGCACAGGAAACGAGCAUUCGUACGGAUGAAAUUUAAAAAAAAGUUGACGGCCUAGGCCUGAACAGAUAUUGCGCGUUGACGCGCUCUAUAAACGUGUUUCCAUAGAAUUAUUUAUUUGAUAGUCAUUUCGCAUGAAAUAUAAGGCACAAUACAUGCCUCUCUAUACA